CGCUAUCCUACGCCCUGGUGUAGUUGCAAUCGAGGAGCAAUGGUGCUUGGAGUAUAUCUAGGCUUCGAUGUUUUGGGGAACUCAAUUCAACAUUUAGAACACAAGGACAAUUAUACAUUUCGGGGAAUAUGAACAAGGAGGCUAUUCCCUGUCGGACUGCUUCAUUGAAAUUCACUAUUGACAAUAUUCUUAAUCUGAAGCAAAACAACAAGAGCAAUUUAGACGCAUAUGAUGCAAAAGGGCAGAGCGACACCAGGUGUACAAAUUAUUUUACGCCCCGAUAUGAGGACUACGAUGUUCAGAGAAGUCAUGAGUCAGACUACACAACCCACGAAACAGCGCAAACAAACAGCGCCCACCACGAUGCAGCUUGUGUGCGUUCAGUCUGUGCGGAGGACGUCGACGCAACGAAGAUGAUUGACACUUGUCCAAGGACAGAGAGUACGAGCAGCUGCGACGACGUAUCUGAGCAACAUGAAGGAAACUCGAAAACCAAAGCAAUGGCAAAGAAGAAAACACGCACGAUAUUCUCCAAGAGACAGAUUUUUCAGCUGGAAUCUACCUUUGACAUGAAAAGAUACCUGAGCAGUGCAGAACGGGCAUGUCUGGCGAAUUCCUUACAACUUACCGAGACUCAAGUGAAAAUUUGGUUCCAGAAUCGCCGGAAUAAAUUGAAGCGACAGCUAUCCACGGACAUCGAAGGACCAGUUCCAGUCGACCACUUUUCAGAAUCCGGGAAAAAUGUGCAAUUACCAACUAUUUACAAAGAUCGCAACAUAUUGGGUGGAUGUUUACUACCAAUGCCUUUCCCUGUUAUGUAUCCAGGAAACAGCGCGCCUUACAUUUAUUUCUCAAACGCUGGUAAAUAUUUUAGCAUUUUCGAUGCAGACGGUUGACUUUUAGGGACGUAGCCAACUCUGGCGUAGCGCUACCCAGUCGACAUCCAUGCCAGUCAAAAACGUUUGGAAUUAGAGCGCCAACUGACACGCGUUAGUAAUGUUUUUAUUUUUUUUACUUCAUUAAUAAGGAUGUCAAUAUACAUUAAGCAUCACUGAAUAUGCCCACUUUCUUCAGUGUACACACAUAUUAAUAGGCCAUUCAGUUUAUGGUAGCUCUCGUGACAUUUGCGUCAUUGACCAAAGCACGACGUGCAUGUGCCAAGUUCAGUCCUUCACAAUUGCGAAACAUUUAUUUAGUACAACGUUAUGGUUUCGAGUUGAAUUAAAUAAUUUGGCACAAGGGGAGCCUAUAUUGUCGAGAUAGCCUACACGUUAGUAUUAUUUUAUAUUAUUAUAAAGCAUUAUCAUUAUUUUUCAUAUUCUUCACACAGUUAUUUCGUCUAUGAAUACACACCAUACCAAAGUAGGAUCUAUGCAUGAAUUAUUGGACUUUUAUCCAUUUUAUUUUGUACAGUAAUGGCAUUUGAAUGAAUGUGUGUUUAUGUUUUGCUUGGUAUUUGAUGUUUGAACCAUUGCUUCACUUGAUUAGACCAACGUUAUUAUCAGCACCGUUAGUAGUUACUUGCUUCCUAUAGUUCCAUAUAAGAUGUUCUUACUAUUAUAGCUAUACUCUGUCUUGAAUUGUUGACAUAUCUUUCUUUCUGUGAAGUCGAAUUAGCGUUUAAUUUAUAUGGCCUUACCUUUGCAGUUCCAUGUUCAUUUGAAAUACACUAUUUGUCUAAAACUAUUUCAUCUUAUUAUCUAAAAGCAUUUCAAAUGACAGAUUAUAAAGCUGUUGACUUAUAUCAUGAAGAUGAUAAUAUGCAAUAAAAAUGUUGUAACGUUUUCAAUUUCUGAGCUUGUUGAAUUACAUUUGGAGUCUAGAGAAUAGUGUUAUACAGUAUAUUACUUCAGAUAUUCAACAUUCAUGUGGCAAGCUUCAAUAAGUAUUAAUGUUAUUGCUUUAUGUUUUUUUCUCUCAAGUAUUUUCUCUGAAGUUACAUAUGGAUGGAUGCCUGUCUGCAGUUUGUCUAGUUACACAUUUAAACCUUUAUUACAUUUUCAAGCAAACUGGAAUGAAUUCGGUUCAACAUUACUUAACCAUUACCGCUUAAGGUUACACAGAUAUCUUCAGUAACAGUUGUAAGAGGAACAAUGUAUCUACAUUGAAGUUGCACUUUACUUGCAAUGUAAUUAUCAUGUAAAUAGAGUUUAACCUCAAUUGAGGGUCUAAAUUAUUUUAUAUAACUACUACUAUAAGCAAGUAGGACUUGUAGGACUUAAAUGUAAGAGAAGUGACAGACGUUCAGUUCUGUGCACUACCCAAAAACCAUGCAGGGGUUGCUUGUUUCAAUAUAGGACAUAACCGGAUAGUCAAAUGAUGGUUAAUUCAUGUGUAACCUUGUGUGUUUGCUGUUUAUUCUAUGUGUGUGUGUGUGUGUGUGCUUUUAUGAUGAUCUAUGUUCCUUAUUUUCUGCUUUUGUGUGUUUGUGUUCAUGUGUGUGUUUGCAUUCGUGUGUGUGUGUGUGUGUGUGUGUAAUGGUGCAUUAUGUGUUUGCAACAGAGAAAGAAAGAAAACAAUGAAGAAGAGAAAGAAGAAGAGAUAUGGUGCUUCAUGGGUAUUUGCAUAGAGAAGGGAAAUAGCGGCUUGUGGAGAGAUCUUUCCUAAAGGGCCACGCUGGCUGCACUUCCACAGUGUUUCCGGGUCACCAACCCCUUCAGUGGCAGAGCCUCGCGCUGCUUUCUCCCUGUCACAGCCGCUCAAAGGCCUGCCACUGUUAACCUGUUCACUCAACCACUUAGUCUGCACUCAAAUCAGUUGUUUUCUCUACUAAAUUCCAGCCUCUCAUCCCUUGUUAAAGAUUGAACACUGUACAUAUGAAAUCCAAUUGGCCCUUUCAAAACAUGAAGAAAUAAAAAGUGAAAUGGGAAGUGAAAAUAAAAACGUGACAAGGGUGUUU